AUGGGAAGCGAGUGGAAAGUAAGGAUUCCCUUGAUCCGGUUACUAGCACUGCCAGUCCUUAAGUUUGACCAAGCUAGAAUAUCUUCAUCAGGGUUUCCAUUUAACGUGCCACCACAGCACCUCCACCCGAAGCACCUCCCGCCGGAGACUUAUACCGGGUUCACCUCACAUACAUCUCCCCACAUAAUUACCCGCCACAGGACGCGGCGACGCGGGCGCUCGGUGCGCGUGUGCGCCGGCGUUGCGCGGCGGUGCGCAACGACGGCGGCGUCCGGCGCGUGCGGCGUGGCGCGUGGGGUGCGCGUGGUGGCGCGGCACGCGUGGGGGCGCGGCGGUGGCGCGCGGCGGCAAGACACGACGCGGCGCGGCGUGCGCAGAGGCGGUGCGUGCGCGAGGCUCGCCGGCGGCGGUCUAGGAGAAGAUGAAGGGGCGACUGGAGUGCUCACCGUGUGUCGCGUCGUUGACGUAGGCCUCCGGUGCGGCGUACGGUUGACGGGGAGGCCAGAGUGGAGGGGCGUCGCGGUGCGUGGCUCGUCGGACGGCGGCGCGCACGGCCCUCAUCGACGAGUUGCGGUGGCAGAGAGUGGUGACGCAGGUGCGAGGUGUGGCAUCGUGGGAACUCUUUAUGGGGCUCGGGGAUGCACUCCCGUGGGUGGCCUUGGUUUGCAGCAGCGGAACGGGUCGCGUGGGGGAGCGAGGCGUGCGGGCUUCGCGCGUGUGCGGGUCGCGCGCGUCGCGGAGUUUGGCGGUGCGCAGGCGUGCGCGGGCGUGCGCGCUGCGCGGCGUGCGAGCGGGUCACGCGGCGCGAGCGCGUGCGUGCGGACGACUCGGCCGAGCAGAGCGCGUGGCGGACGCGGUCUUGCGGCGGGCGCAUGGUGCGCGCUGCGCGGCGUCGUGGGGAGCGGGAAGCGGGGCUUGCGCGGCGAUGCGCGUUGCUCGGGGGAGGCGGCCGGGCGUGCGUGUGUGGAGGAGCACGUGGGAUCGCUGGCAGGGGCGCGCUGCGCUGCGACCGAUUCGGUCGAAGCAGAGGAGGUGGAGGAGGGGGAUUGA